GCCAAUCGCCAUGGAAAAGAGAUUCACAGAGCGACGAGUCCUCCUCCUCCGUCCUCCUCCCUCCUGUUCCUUGUCAAUUUUUUAAUCCCACGUAUACAAUGACCCACAGUAAACCCUAAAGUCCACAACAAAACGUCCUCAUAUGGCAUCGACCCAAGUGUUCGCUUCCUUCCUUCCUUCCUCUGCCGCGCCUCAGCUGCUCUCCUCCAUUCCAACCCAACCCAACACCCUCCCCCACUCCCAUUUAAUGCUUCCCAACAGUGGCUGGCUACCUUCAUUGUUACCCUCCCCCUGCCAAUAAUUGCCCCUCGAGCCUGUGCUUGUCGCCAAUCUUCCAGUGGGAAGGUUUUGGCUAAUGUGAGCAGGGUCGGUGGAGAGGUUUGCUUGCUACAGCCUGCCAUCUUUUUGGUUGGUCUCGCCUUUGCUUUAAUCCUUUUUCUUUUUUUGUUUUUCCUUCCCGUUUUUUUUUGCCCCGAAUCUCCGUGCCACUUCACUAGUGGUUUGGGGCGAUUCAUAAUCCCUUUUUGGUUGAGAGAGGGGAUCCAAAUUCCAAAAUCCCUCCUUUUGCUGUUUUAGAGUUGGCUUGCUGUUGACAUGUACUGUUCUUGAAUGUCUGCGUCAACUUCUUGAUCUACUUGUGUUGUAAGAUAAGACCUUUUGUGAAGAUUAGGCUUCUUGGUUUUGGUGGAAGGGAGCAUUUUUUUUCUUUAUUUUUUCUAGUUGAUCCUUGGCUGUUUUGUUGGUUGACACGCUGCAGUUUGUAUGUGUUCUUCGCUCCUCUUCUUUCUUGGGUUGGUCGUGCUAGGAUCUGUGGAGGCAAAGGUUUAGUGCUUUCUUAUAUUGAUUUGUGAGAGGAGGAACAAGAUUUGACACAUUUAGGCAGAGCAAGAGUGUGGUUGGGCGCAAAGAGAGAGUGACAAGAGAGAGGAGGAAAAGGAGUCGUCCUUGACGUAGCUUGUAAAGCUCUUUGGAGGGGUUGCUUUCAUGGAUUGGGAUCUGAAGAUGCUUCCAUGGGAUUUCCCCGAACUGGGCCGUGGAUUUGAUGCCAACCUUGGCUCCGUCCUGGAUGGAUCAGGUGUUGCUGGCUUUGCUAAGCGAUUGCCAAUGAGUGGUACGGAGUGUUCUGUUGAUCUCAAACUUGGGGGAUUGGGUGACUCUGGGUCAUCAUACGACUGGAAAGAAAAACCAAAGAUAUCCAUGGUGACAACGACAACAGCAUCUUCCUCAUCUGGUCCAUUAAAGAGGCAGCGAGCCCCAAGUAAUAUAAACCAGAAUGCUUCGUGCAUGGUUGAUGGGUGCAAAACUGAUCUCAGUAAAUGCAGGGAGUACCAUCGGCGCCACAAGGUCUGUGAGGUUCAUUCCAAGACUCCUGUGGUUACAGUCGGAGGACAGGAACAAAGAUUCUGCCAACAAUGCAGCAGAUUCCAUUUGCUUGUAGAAUUUGAUGAGGUAAAGCGAAGCUGUCGCAAACGUCUUGAUGGACACAAUAGACGUCGAAGGAAACCCCAGCCAAAUUCGAUAAAUUCAGGAACAAGGUUCUCAGCAUAUUCUCAGGUCUUUCCAACUUCCACAGUGGAGCCAAACUGGGUUGGCAUCGACAAUACACGAUAUACACAUCAGACAAUACCGAAUCUCUUCGAUGGAAACCUCUCUUUUUCAAGCUCUUCUCACAUCUAUGGCAAGGAAAGAAAGCAGUUCCCUUUCUUGCAAGAGAGCGAAACCAACCUCGGCCACAUUACCACAACAGGAUCUUUAGGAGGCCAGACACAUCUUUUGGGAAGCACUCCAUCUGUUGUCAGCGGUAGCAGCAACAAGUUGUUUGCCAAUGGUCUAACCCAAAUCUUCCAUUCUGAUUGUGCUCUCUCUCUUCUGUCAUCUCCAAAUCAGACAUCAGGUAUCAACUCAAGCCCCUCCACGGUGCAAUCGGCCAAUCAGAUUUUCACAGUCCAGCCUCUUGUUGCGAGUUUGCAGUAUGGUGAUCUCUUGCAGUAUGCUCAUUCUACUUGCGAUCCAGUCAGAUACUCACGUUCAAGCAUCGAGAAUCCGAGGACUGUCUUGGUUUCAGAUGCCGGUACUCGUUGCCAGAGUAUUUUCCAGAUUGGGGAUGAAGGGUCCUCAAAUGCUACAUCUCAAACUCUUCCUUUCUCAUGGCAGUAAGCUAGCCUUGCCCUGAAGAAACACCCCAACGCCACUGAGGAAAUCUUAAUCCUUUCAUCCUCAUAUUGUCGACAUUCUUAGAUUUCUCAAUGAUCAAAUUAUGUUCGAUUCAUAUCAUCAAGACUGUUAGCCCAUCAUUUCUUAAAUCAAGGCUGUACUGAUUUUGCUAUCUCUCAGUAAUGUAUCUGAUUGUAUCCAAGCAUGAGUCUGCUUUUGGACUCUGAAAUAGUGAGAUAUCUCCUUUUCAUGUUCCAUGUCUAAGAAGACCAUCUGAUUAAGAUUGAAUAAAUCUCUAUAAUUUAUCCUUUUCAAA